AAGUCUGUCGAGUCACAGAGUAUAGAUAGAAUAAUAAAUACAUACAUACGGAGUGCGGACUUUUGAUUUGACUCAUUCUUCCCGCAGCGACUACCAUGGCGCCAGUGUGUUUAUUACGGACUAGUGGUGUUUUCCUAUUAUUAUUUUUAUUAUUAAGCGCAUGUGUUGCCUCGCCGCCAUGGAUAUUUUCCGUGCGUGUAAACAAUGUUUCGUGUACUGACAAUACGUGUUACUAUAACGUAAAUGUGACCGGUAAUGGUGUUAAAGAGUGGUCGUUAACCUCCAAGCCGGGUGUAAGAGGUGAACUUUGUGAAAACAUUGUUUCUAUCGAGAGAACGCUAAAUAACGUUGACAUAAAAGUGUCCAAGUCUGGAAAGUUGUAUUUCUGUGCUAAAGGCAUUUACGGGUGGACACAUCAAGGGAGCAGUAUAUUUUUGGACGCAAAUGACGUCAUCAAACGAAAUGAGUGGAGAUCAACAGAAUACGUGGAGAGCGGCGAGAACUCCUCCCGUGAACAGAUAGAAGACAACGUAUACGCCCCCAAUGUCAAGGGACUAGCCAACGACACCCUCGUCAAUGAAGGGGCAGAAGUUGACAACUUAAUUAUUGAGACAAUCUCGUAUGUGCCCGGAAUGGAGCUGGAUAGAUCCCCAGCGAAUGGUCUAGAGUCUUCUAGAAGAAAACGAGAUAUAGAAGGGAAUGUUGCUAAAGACAAUGCAACUGUAAAUACUUCGAACGCUAAGAUCAAUGGCAAUAUAGUUAAUGGUGUAAAGGUUAUGGGCUUGAGGGUGGAGGAGUCAGCCAAGGAACCGAAGAUCGUCGACGGUAUGAUACCCAGCGUGCUGACCGAAACCACGUUCACCCUGAGACUUUUCGGUGAAGGUUUCAGUAAUGAAACUGUAUUCGCCUUUACCCACAAACCGCUGGAAUACGGGAAAACAUGUCACAACCUGUUAAAUGGAGAAUAUCGGAUAAAAUACGUGGAAAGCGACUCAGCGUUAUUAGAAUUGGUCGCACCGCCGCCUCUAGAGGAUUAUAAGUUUUACAUCUGCGCGAAGAGCUCUGACAGCGAAGAAGACUUCAUUCACCAAGGCCACGAGAAAUGGAAGAUUUUGGGCACCCACAACAAACUCCUACCUUUGUGGGCGUCACUGAUCCUGAUUGUCAUCUUACUGAUGCUGGCAUCCCUCUUCUCCGGGCUGAAUCUUGGUCUAAUGGCACUAGAUCGCACAGAAUUGAGGAUUAUAGCCAAUACAGGAACGGAGAAGGAGAGAAAGUAUGCCCGUGCCAUUAUGCCGGUACGAGCGCACGGGAACUAUCUGCUGUGCACGAUUUUGCUCAGUAACGUAGCUGUUAACAGCACAUUCACAGUGAUUCUGGACGAUCUGACAUCAGGGCUGGUGGCUGUCAUCGGAUCUACGCUGGCUAUCGUGUUCAUAGCUGAAAUUACGCCUCAGGCAAUUUGUGCAAGGCACGGGUUGUUGAUUGGCGCAAAGAGUAUUUGGAUAAUGAAGAUUGUGAUGGGUAUCUGCGCCCCGCUCGCGUGGCCGACCAGCAAACUGCUCGACUAUUUCCUGGGUGAAGAGAUCGGCACUCACUACAACAGGGAACGGCUGAAGGAACUCGUCAAGGUCACAAACCAUGUGAACGAUCUGGACAAGGAAGAGGUGAACAUCAUCUCUGGCGCGCUCGACCUUCGCAAGAAGACAGUGAAGGACGUGAUGACCAAACUGAAGGAUUGCUUCAUGCUGCCAAUGAAUAGCGUACUCGAUUUCGAGACCAUGACCGAAAUAGUCAAGUCUGGCUACUCCCGCAUCCCGGUAUACGAGGGUACGCGCGGGAACAUCGUCACCAUGCUGUUCAUCAAGGACCUGGCGUUCGUGGACCCCGACGACAACACGCCCCUCCGCACGCUGUGCCAGUACUACCAGAACCCGUGCAACUUCGUCUUCGAGGACGUCACCCUGGACGUCAUGCUGAAGCAGUUCAAGGAAGGCCAUAAAGGGCACAUGGCGUUCGUGCAGCGCAUCGAAGAGGGCGACGGCGACCCAAUAUACGAGACCGUCGGCCUGGUCACCCUCGAGGACGUUAUUGAGGAGAUGAUACAGGCGGAGAUCGUCGACGAGUCGGACGUCAUCAGCGACAACCGCACCAAGAAACGGCUGGCGCGGCCGCUGAACAAGUUCCAGGACCUGGCUGCGUUCGCCGGCCACCAGCACCACCAGCGCGUGCACGUCUCGCCGCAGCUCAUAUUGGCCACCUUCCAGUUCCUCAACACCAGCGUCGAACCGUUCCGUUCGGAGCUGAUCUCGGAGACGGUGCUCCGGCGACUGCUGAAGCAGGACGUGAUCCAGCACAUCAAGCUGCGAGGUGACGAGGACAAGAAUGACCCGAAACGCUUCGUCUUCCAGGAGGGCAAGUCGGUGGACUACUUCGUGCUGAUCCUGGAGGGCCGCGUGGAGGUGACGGUGGGCCUCGAGAACCUCGUGUUCGAAGCGGGACCCUUCACGUACUUCGGUGUUCAGGCUCUCACGCAGAAUGUAGGACUUGCGGAAGCCCCAGCGCCCUCUACACUUGGCUCGUUGCAGAACCUGAACAUGGACUCGAUGUUACGCCACACGUUCGUCCCCGAUUAUUCAGUUAAAGCGAUCGCGGAAUUGUAUUACUUGGCUAUAAAACGAUCCAUGUAUUUGGCCGCCAAACGGGCAACACUGAUGGAGAAAGGCGCACUUAACAAAGGCGGUACCAAUGAACAAAUUGAACCAGAAGUUGACAAGCUGCUGAGCGAAGGAGACAAUUUAGAAGAGAUCAGGGAACCUGAGAAGCCGCCGAGACAGUUCGUACCUACCUCGGCCAGUCCGCACACGAAUGCAACAUUCAAGACAUUAGAAAAGGGCCCCGCCAACCCGGAAGAAGAGAAACUACUAAACUAGUAGCAUUCUACUAUGGUAACAAAGUAUGGUAGAAUUCUGACGCAGUAUUGCCAGAUUUCUUCCACGAUGACAGUUAAAAAUCUAUGCAUGCGGUAGUUUCUAUAGAAUAGCAGUUUUUUUUUAUAUAGAAUUAUGACAACAUAGUUACUUAAGUGUGCGUAACAUGAACAGAAAGAUGUAUUUUUUAUGGCAACACCACAUUUUUAAUUGCUGUUUAAAAAAGCGAGCAGAGGUGCUAAGAUUUUAUUAGCUCCAUUUUUUUUUUAAUUAUAAUAGUGUUGCUAUAUACAUAUAAAUAUAAAAAAAUAAGAAAUUUUAAUAACAAUUUAAAAAAUAGAAGCAUAAAUAGGUAUAUACUAGAGAUGGGGAUGUAUAAUUGAAUUAUUCGAAUAAUUACCUAAUUAAUUAUUAUUCGAAUUUAUUUUUGGUGUUCGAAUUGAAAGACAUAACAAAGAUAGCGCAUCGAAUCUAAAAAAGAACAUUCGAAUAUCGAAGUAAAUUUGAAUGUAUAUUUUCAUUCGAAUUAUUAGAAUAGUUAUUCUAUCCUUUAAAUCGAUAAAUUCAAAUACGCUGUUCGAAUCUCAUUCGAAUGAAUCAUUCAUAUUAAUCCAUCUCUAGCAACGUAGUGUUGUAAUCAAAUUUUUUAAAUUUGGUGUUGCCAUCUCUAAAAGUUGUUAAUUGCGAUUAUUUUAGGUAAAAAUAAGGAAUUAUAAGCUGAGCUCGCAUGGCCGUUUCGAUGGGAUAUACCAGUGAUGUUACAGGGUGCGGAGGUGUAACACCGUAGUCCUAAGGAAUAGCAUUGCAUGAAGAGUGCCAAGGGUGGUGACACAGUAUACUGUUGUGUCCAUGGUACUGUUCAUGCGACGAUUACCGUUUUCCAUCAGGCGGGCCGUCAGCUUGUUUACUAUUUCCAUGUUACAUGAAAUAAACACCUCAAAAUGAUCGUGGUUAUGGCUUAAUUAUUGAAAUGUAGUAUUUUUUUAUUAAAUUGUUUAGUAUUUAAUGCAUUUGUUGCGAGUUUUAAAACUAGUUGUUACACUGUUAUAUUGUUUUUAAGUUGUAUCUAUCAUCACGCCGAGUUCCUUGUGGGGUGGACAGGGAGAAUUGGAUAGAUACGGGUCUCUAUCCCAAUAUAAAUCUCUUGCUUCUCCAUCCAUCCGGUUUCAUAGUUUAUUUCAUGCCAAUUAUCAGUUCGUAUUGUGUAUUUGAGUAACUUGGCGUGACGAAUGCCGCGGGCGUCACAGUGUAUACUGUGUCGUCCACGGAAAUGUAAAUUAUUAACUAUUAACUUACGAAAACAAUGCAACAGUUUAGUUGGAACUGUCCAAACUAGAUGAAGUUUACUGAGCGUGCCUUAAAUUUUUAAUAAAAAUAAAAUGUACACACGGAACCAAAAACGUUUAUGUAAAAUGCAAGAACACAAAAAUAUUUUUUUUUAUUGUAAUUAUUUUAGUGCCCAUUCACACAGAGCGGGUCUGAGCGCAGAGAGAGAGAAAUUCUAUCUUUUUCUUUCUUUUAUGAUGAUAGUAUUUUAGUGAAAAUCUAUUUUAAUAUUAAAGUGUUUAAUAUGAGAAAACUGUAGCUUGUAAAUAUUUUAAAUUCGUAUCUCCGGCAUUUGGAAAUUCUAUAAACAAAUAUAUAAUUCAAUUUGUUGAGAUUCGAACCCACAUCUGUCUGUCGUCCAUGUCGAGUGUAUUCCCAGUAACACCACUGAAGGUGUUCUCUCUCUAUACCUUUUUAAUUAUUAUUUUUUAAACUUGAAAACGACUGACACUGUUUUCAAUGCAGUAAAAAUUUGCUCAGACCCGGUCUAUGUGAACGGGCCCCUUAGGCUAGCUUGCUAUUAAUUUGAAAUAACCUUUAUAAUAAAUUUAAAGGCAUGAAUACUUAUUUAUUAUUGUAAUUGUAACAAUUGUAUUACAAAUUGACAUUUCAGGGUUGCGAUCGAAUGAUUUUUUUUUUCUUUUUGUUUCUAUUGAACGCAUUUUUUGUGUAAUUUUACACAUCCAAGUUUAGAUAUGUUAAGUUUGAAUUGUUUAUGGUUUCAUCAUAGUCUUCCGCAUACGUUUAAGAUGAUUUCGUAAAAGGAAUUUCGAAAAUGUCAAAGUGCUACAGUGAGGGUGGCGCCCUUUGGUUGAUGUCAAGGAUUUAAGCCGCUUUCGUUGCGCGCGAAAGUCUCUGAUGGGGCUUAUCACACGAUAGCUUUACGCGACCUCUAAAGCACGGAGCAAGUGACGAUAAUUUAAAAAAAUCAAUGAAAAAAAAAUUUAAUCAGACAUGAUAAAAAAAUUCACGUCGCGUAAGUUCACGAGUAAUUCACGAGCUGUUUGGGCACACUCCCUUUGCCUUUCCUUUUCGUGAUAAAUAAAAUAAAAAUGCAUACGCUGUCAGGCACGCACCACUUUGAAUGAAAAUAUGUUUACAUAAAAUCUAUGCAACCAGUUCAAUAAAUUUGAAAAUUGUAUAGUAUAUUAUAAUGUGGCUAGGUAUUUUGUGAUGCCUACGUGAUAUAGAUAUUUUUGACAGAUACAUAAUAUAAAUACUUUAUAAAUUUAUUGUGUUAAUACCUUUACGUGGUUGCAGAUUUCUUUUCCAGUUUCUUGAAUAUAAGUACAGUGCCGUCUCUUAUAUAACAUAAUUGCUUGCAUAGAUGAUAUAUACAUACUGAGAUUGCUUGCUCUGUGUUUAAAUGGCGCGAAAUUAUUUCUCAUUUACUUGUGUAUUAUUAAUUAUCAAUUUUCAAUAUCAAUUUAUUGACCAAAUGAAUCGAAUGAUAUUUUUGUAUUGAUACCUUUUCCACAUCAGUGGUAUAAAAAAAAAAAUUUAAUUGUUUUUUUGUUUAUUAAUCCUCAGAAUGUUCAGAAACAAUAAAUGUGCCUUAUACAAACUUAAUGUGGUGCUGAUAUGUCGGAAAAUCAUAUUUACGCAAUAGGUGCUUGUAAUUCAGGGUGUGACAAUCUGAAAUUUGAAUAAAUAUACAAGAUCAAAUAUAAUUAUAUAUGAAAUAUCAAAA